AUGAAAAACCAGACCUUGAUCUUAGUUUUAUUAGUGUGUGCUGCCGUCUAGGUUGUUGGAGAACCGGUUGCCGUUGCCUAAUCCUUUGUAGCAAAUGACUUUUCAGAUGCAGAUGGUUGGACAGUCGCUGGAGCACCAGCUCAUGUUACAGAAUGCAGUGGUGUGAAGAUGUUUGGAGGUUUUGGAAAGUUUGGUGCCAGAGCUGUUGCAAGUAAGGUCUUUGAACUUCCACCCCAUUCAUUAAUUAAUUUAAAACUUUAAUUUUGGAAGAUUGAUUCUUGGGACAAUGAGGAAGCCUAUGUUUUCGUCGAUGACUAAUUAGCAUGGUCAAGAAAGUUCUAAUACAAUGAAGGUGAGGGCCAAAAAUGUGGACAAGGAGGUGACUGGAAGGAAAUGAUUGUUAAUCUUAACUUGAACAUCAAGCACACUGGUCCAACAGCAGUUGUUGUCAUCACAUCCAACCUGAAUGAGGCUGCCGAUAAUGAAUCAUGGUCUUUUAGAGACUUUGUAUUAUCUGUGGAGAAAUGCCCAAAUGGCUGUGCUGCCUGUUAAGUGGAUGAUAAAGCAGAGAACUGUAAUUUCUGGUAAUCAUUCACUUCCAGUUGGACAGAAUUAAAUUCUAAUAAACUUGGAGCUGAUGGCUGGGAUGUUACUGGUGGAUUGGCUCAUUCUACCUAAUGUGGACCCGCUGGAAUUUUCGGAGGUUAUGAUAAAAUGAUGAGGGGAGCCGUUGUCAGUAAGGUUCAUAAGGUCAAACCCCAUUACAAGCUCAAGAUCAAGGUUCUAUGGGCUAAGAUUGACUCUUGGGAUAAUGAGGCUGCUUAAAUCAAAAUUGAUGGAAAGAUAGUUUAUGAAAGAAGAUUCCAAUGGUACGAGGGUUACUUUGGUAAGAUUUGUGGAUGCCCAGUGUUUGAGUGGAAAUCAAUGUUUGUUAGAACAGAAGUAGAUGUAGAUCAUACUGGUGAACAAGUUAAGGUUGAUUUCACUUCAACUCUUGACGAAAUCGAAAAUGAAUCAUUUGGUUUGAGAGAUUUGUACAUCUUCUAUGCAGCUUGUGCUGACAACUGUGCUGAAUGUACAGGACCAAAAGAUUCUGAUUGCAAAAAAUGUGCCAACAAUUGGGCUUUGGUUGGAGGCAAAUGCUAAGCUUUACCAAACUUUGUUCUAUUGGAAUAAUCUUUCUUGGAAGAUAAAUUCACAGGAAUCAAUGGUUGGAUCCUUACAAACAACAAGGCCGGAAGAACAGUGGCUGAAUGCAAUGGUAAAUCAAUGGUCGGAGGUUUUGAUAUUAUGGGUAUUGGUGCUAAUGCCAAGAAAACAUUUGAGAUCCCACCACACAAGAGACUUAGAUUACAAUCAACAAUCUAUAAGAUUGACUCCUGGGAUGGAGAAUUCAUGAUUAUCAAGGUCGACGGAACAGAAGUAUGGAAGACAUCUUGGAAUCUUUAAACUGGAGGUGCCAAUAUCUGUGGAUAAGGUGUUUGGUGGGAUGGUUUCACUAACGUUGAUGAAAUCUUUAAUCAUCAAGCUCCAAAGGCUGAAAUCAUGUUCACAUCCACUUUGGAUCAAGAUGCCAUCGAUGAAUCAUGGGGUUUCAGAGACUUCAAAUUAUGGUAUGAACCAAAGGAAGCAUGUGCAAUCUUCUACAGUGAAUGCGAUUUUAAGGGUGCUUCAUUUGAAUUUUGUUCUAAAUCACCAAACUUCUAGAAUGACAACAUUCCUCCUUAAAUUAGAUCCAUCAAGAUUCCACCUUAAGGAAGAGUUACCUUAUAUGAGAGCACCGAUUACAAUGGAAAGAAGAUCACUUAUACCACAGACCAAGCUUGCAUCCAAAACUUUGACUUUUCAUUGAUUUAAAUGAGUGGACACGUCGAAGGUGGAUGGAUUGAAGUAGAAUAAUGAUCUUAAUAUAUUCAUAAGGAUCUAAUAAUAACAUAAAUUUCAAAA